GGCACAGGGACACCCAGCUCGGCCUUGCAGCCAGCAGAAAUCUUCCCCGAGCACUUUUCCCCUUGGAACAGCUUUGCCAAAAUUCGGGACAGUCAGAGGCAGGGACUGGAGCUGGAACUCUGUGACCCCAAGAGUUAACGCGCACUGAGCAGCGCCGCACCUUGCUUUGUAUUAAAAAAAAACCAAAAAUCCCUCCGGUGCCUCCUAAACCCGGACAAAACAGGUUUUUAAUGAAAGCAGCACUUAAUCAUUAUUCAGUGAGUUCAGAGUGGCGGAUAUUUGAUGCAAACACCGAGUUGGUUGGAACUCUCCCGUCCCGGCUCCCUCUUUGUCCCUCCGUGCGCCCGGGAAUGGGUGUGAUCUCCGGGUAGGAGUGUCUCUGCGGUUAAGCAGAGGAUUGAAUUACCCAACUGAGCUGUUCCCGGGCUGACAAGGUAGCAGAACAGCGAACAAAAGUGCUUUGGAACUCGGCGGAGAGGAGGGGAAGGCUUGGUGGAGAAGGGGCACCUGCGAGCACAGCGAGCUCAGACUGCAGGAUGACAGAAGGUGACACAAAUCUCCCAACCAUCGAGAGAAAGCUGGGACUGCAGAUAUGGGGCAUAGAGAACAUGAAGAUGGUUCCUGUACCUGAAAAAGCUUAUGGCACUUUUUUUGAAGGAGACUGUUACAUCAUUUUGCAUACCAAGAGGACGUCCCGUGGCUCCGCUGUGGAUCUGCACUACUGGCUGGGCAGGGAUUCCUCGCAGGACGAGCAGGGCGCCGCGGCCGUGUACGUGACGCAGCUGGACGCCGCGCUGGGGGGCAGCCCCGUGCAGCACCGCGAGGUGCAGGGACACGAGUCCGAGACCUUCCAGAGCUAUUUCCGCCACGGCAUCAUCUACAAGAAGGGAGGAGUGGCCUCAGGAUUUAAGCAUGUGGAGACCAACAUGUACAACAUCAAACGUCUGCUUCACGUCAAGGGCAAGAAGCACGUGUCAGCCACAGAGGUAGCGCUCUCCUGGGACAGUUUCAAUAAGGGAGAUGUUUUCUUGCUGGACCUUGGUAAGGUGCUGAUCCAGUGGAAUGGACCCAGCUGCAGCAUUGCUGAGAAAUCCAGAGGCCUGGCUCUGGCUCGGAGCAUCAGGGACAGCGAGAGGGGCGGCCGUGCCCAGAUUGGCAUCAUUGACAACGAGAGGGACUCAGCAGACCUGAUGCAGAUCAUGAGGAUGGUGCUGGGCGAGCGGCGCGGGGAGCUGCGCGACGCCGUCCCCGACACCAAGGCGGACGAGCUGCAGAAGGCGAACGUGCGGCUGUACCAUGUCUAUGAGAAGGACAAUGACCUGGUGGUGCAGGAGAUCGCCACCCGGCCCCUGACGCAGGAUCUGCUCCAGCACGAGGACUGCUACAUUUUAGACCAAGGUGGCUUCAAAAUUUAUGUCUGGAGAGGAAAAGCCUCCAGCCCAGAAGAGAAAAAAGCAGCAUUCACUCGAGCUGUGGGUUUUAUCCAAGCCAAAGGCUAUCCUUCAUCCACCAACGUGGAGGUGAUCAAUGAUGGGGCAGAGUCUGCCAUGUUCAAACAGCUCUUCCAGAGGUGGACAGAGAAGAACGAAACACAAGGGCUGGGCAAGGUCUACACCACAGGCAAAAUUGCCAAGGUGGAGCAGGUGAAGUUUGACACCACCCAGCUCCACGCCAGACCUGAGCUCGCAGCUGAGCAGAGGAUGGUCGACGAUGCCUCAGGGGACAUCGAGGUGUGGAGGAUUGAGGAUUUGCAAAUGCAGCCGGUGAACCCCAAGACUUACGGGCAGUUCUACGGGGGGGAUUGCUACCUGGUCCUGUACACCUACCUGAGGUCAGGCAGACCCCACUACGUCCUCUACAUGUGGCAGGGCCGCCACGCCUCCGUGGAUGAGAUCACUGCCUGUGCCCUCAAUGCCAUCGAGCUGGACAAGAAACACGGGGACGAGGCCGUGCAGGUGCGAGUGACAAUGGGCAAGGAGCCCAGGCACUUCCUGGCCAUCUUCAAGGGCAGGCUGGUCAUCUACGAGGGCGGCACGAGCCGGGCUCAGGAGAGCAGCCCCGAGCCAGCAAUCCGCCUCUUCCAGGUCAGGGGCACGGAUGAGGUGAACACCAAGGCCACAGAGGUGCCAGCCAGAGCCUCCUCCCUCAACUCCAACGAUGUCUUCCUGCUCACCACCAGCCAAGUCUGCUACCUGUGGUGUGGGAAGGGAUGCAGCGGAGACGAGCGGGAGAUGGCGAAGAUGGUGGCUGACAUCGUUUCCAGACGGGACAAGCACACCAUUCUGGAAGGACAGGAGCCAGCAGAGUUCUGGGAAGCUCUGGGAGGCAGAGCCCCUUAUGCCAGUGAAAAGAGGUUCCAGGAGCAGAUCACACACUACCAGCCUCGCCUCUUCGAGUGCUCCAACCAGACAGGUCGCUUCAUCAUGACCGAGGUGGUCGGGUUCUGCCAGGAGGACCUGGAUGAAGAUGAUGUCAUGCUGCUGGACACUUGGGAAGAGAUUUUCCUUUGGGUUGGCAAAGCCUCCAAUGCACAGGAGAGGAAUGAGGCAAUUGCCUCAGCUAAGGAGUAUCUCAAGACCCAUCCAGCUGGGAGAGACCUGGCAACUCCCAUCAUCCUGGUGAAGCAGGGCUAUGAGCCCCUCAACUUCACAGGCUGGUUCAACGCUUGGGACCCCUACAAGUGGAGUGAUGGCAAGUCCUACGAGGAAAUGAAGAACAGCUUGGCAGAUGUGUUGGCCAUAUCUGAGAUCAAAGUGGACCUGAACAACCUCAGCCUGAACAAGAGAACCCUCAGCACGACCAACCUGGCUGGUUCAGGUACAGCUAAUUCCUCCUCAGACUACAAAUCCCACUUCAGCCACAGUGACAGCAACAGCCACAGCAACAGCAACAGCUACAGCAACAGCCACAGCAGCAACAGCCACAGCAGCCCUGCCAUGGUGCCCAACGGGGACGGGAUUUACUCCCGGGAGGUGCUGAUGCACAGGACAGUGGAUGAGCUCCCUGAGGGCGUGGAUCCCACCAAAAAAGAGUGCUAUCUCUCCGAUGCUGAUUUCCACGACAUCUUUGGGAAGUCCAAGGAUGAGUUCUACCAGAUGCCCAAAUGGAAGCAGCAGAACGAGAAGAAGCAAGUUGGACUCUUCUGAGACUGCAGGGGGGAACAGAAGACUCUGGGACCAGCCCCUGCUCCCUCAGGAGCUGCAGGAAAGCCGUGCAGGCAUUUGCUCAAUGACCCCAACCCAGCACAGUUAUUCCAGCAGCCUCUGUCCAGGGGAUGGCUCCUUCCUCCCUGCAAACCCAGAACCCCAGGAGGAAAAACCUUUUUCAAGAACAGCUUGGCAGGAUGUUUUUGCCUCUUCCUGACUCUUUAUUGCUGAUAGCCAUGAAGACAAGUGUGUGCCACACAAGUGCAUUGUAGCCUCAUCUCUCCUUUCCCUUUUGCAGAUUGCCACAUGCACGAGGCCAUGAUCCUCUUUCAUUUGUAGAAGUUUAAAAUUAGUCAAAGGUCAUUUGCAGCUGCUGUGUAAAUUCUGGGUGGGGAAAGCCCUAAGAGGAUGGAGGGGGAGCCUUGAGGUCAGGAAAAAGGUGAUGGAGUAGCCACAUGCCUGAUGGGGUAGUCUGUGGAGUGACACCAGACAGUUCUGCCCCUUCUCACCUUGUGGAAAAACUACUCACCAAAGAACAGCCAGAAUCAGUUCCAGAUUAACAUGCAUAGCCCAGGGCAGCUAAAACACAUCAGAGCCUGGUUUGGGGGAAAAAAGAAUUUAUUAUGAGCAUAUUUAUUAGCUGAUCUGUUUUAAGAGGAGGUGACACUAAAGGCUAGACACAAAUGCCAAUUUUUGACUGCCAGACAAGACUCUGUCUACUUUUUUUCUCAUUCAGACAGCAUCUGCAAUCUCAGCUGGCCUCCCUGGCCAGGUGAAUGAAUGUCAGGAGUCCACCUGCCCACAGACCAGAGGAUUGAGGAAGACAAUUUGGUUUUGGGCAUGACCUGAGGCAGAGGUGUCCUACUGGAGCUUUUAUCAGGGCUCCAUCCCUGUGAUGUCCAUGGGACUGAGAGUGCUGGUUCCACACUAUGGAUCAGUCUGACUGGGGAGGGCAGUGGGAAGUGUGAACAAUCAGUGAUUAUGGGAUAAAACUGUAAACUAAAGGAAGAAGCAACACCUUAAAAACUCAGACAGCGUAGGUUUGCAGCUUCACUCCAUUUCCAACCUGAUCAGUGAUUCCAAUAAACACCCAGCAGCAGCA